AUGUGGAGUGAACAGAAGCGAAGAAGUCGCAGCUCUGUCGUGCCGAGAAAAUCAAACUUGAGAUUUGUGCCUAAGACGAAAUGGGAGUUACCAAGGCAGAAGCCCAAAUCCUACUGGAAGGACGUGUUCGAGGGCCUGGAAACCAGCCGCUUAAAAAAACCCUACUGCAACUCCCAGCAGCUGAGGCGAUUCCUUCCUUUCAAGUCCUACAACCUAGUUGCCCCGAUCCUGGGAAUGCCGGAGUGGCACCCAAAGCGCUGGUCCGCCCUGAAAAGCGCGCGAAGUUUCAAAUCUGGAUUGAAAGCAAAAAGGGUAACAACGGUGGUGGAAGAUCCCUCGUCAGUUUCCGCUAUUUCAACGAAGACGGAGAGUGGAGCCGACGUUGAUUUGAUUGUGCAUCCUCCAUCACCGAGGGCAUCUCUCGACGAAGACUAUCACAAGCAGAAGAAGACAAACCCGUAUGCUGCGUUCCUCAGCAAGCCUAGGCGAAGGGCGGUGAUUUGGCGACCUCUAGUAGAACGAGACCUCGAAGGCUACGACCCCGAGUCAACAUUGAAAAAUCGCGCGGCUAGAGUCACGGACAAAAUCUGCAAGGACUUUUGCGACUGGUUGAGAUCCCUCGGAGGAUCUCACGACACCAUCGACGAGGAGAUCCUGAAGGACAUGUUCGAGACGGACUUCACAGCUGAAGCUUGCAGAACCAUGCGGAUCUGCGUGAAGGAGAUGCCUAUGGUACCGACAGUCGUGGCAGCGAUGAGGCAUUGCCCGGAGAGCGGCGAGCCGGAGGUCACCAGACGGCAACUUAUCCGUGAUGUUCGGGCAGAGAGGGAAUCCCCGAAAAUCGUGGGUUUCGGAUCGACUGUCCCCCACCACGUGAGAUAUGUACCGCCAAGCAAUAAUGUCCAUCAGAAGUGGAUUCACUGCACUAAUGUCCCGCAGGAUCUGGAGAGCAUGAGUUUCGUUUGGAAAGACAUCACUCAUUUGGACAGCGUCAGAGGCUUCUCUAAUUGGCUCAAUAAACAGCCCCAUGUCAAGCUGCCACCGGCUCUCCACAGAGUCAAGAGGAAAAAAUUGGAGAAAAAAUGA